AUGUCUCUAGUAGGAGACGUACUUCAACGAGUGCGAGUGCAUGCUGCCCAGCGUCGCCUGCGUCUCAAUGACUUCUUCACCGAUUUCGACAAGUUGAACUCUGGCCGUAUCACAGCAGGGCAGUUGCGUCGGGCACUUGCCGUUAAUAACAUACCGGUCAGCGAUGAAGAGUUUGAUGCAAUUACCGAUGCCUUUGCAGCUCCAUACACUCAUGGGGGCUCAGGCGAAGUGACACCACGUGGUGCCGGGUCUCUUGUGAGUUAUACGAACUUCCUUCAGGCGCUGCAGGCAGAGGAACCGCCUCCGGAGUUGCUCACCACGUUGAAGCGCAAGCCAAAUUCGCUGUCGGAUGCAGAGGAGGCGCAGUUGCGCGCCGCCAUGCAAUCGAUCCGUGAUAUCUCUCGGGUGCGCGGGCUCCAGUUGCGUAAAUGCUUUGAAGAUUUUGACCAUUUCCGAAGCGGUAAGGUAUCGGCCUCGGUGUUUCGUCGCUGCAUUCCGUUUGAAGGACUGCGUGAGGAGGUAAUUAAGCUAUUCAUUAAGAAGUAUAAGAAUGAGGACGGGGAUGUUUUGUACUCUGCAUGGUGCAAUGACAUCGAGGAUAAGCCCCAAGAAAUGAGUCAACAUUCGCCCACCGCUGCUCCACUGAAGAACUUUUUGCGGAGCCGAAGCGGCUUUCACACCGUUGAUGGUUUGCUGCGCAUGUUGCGAGAACAAUUCUCUAUGUAUCACUUGCGCUGUGACGAUUACCUGCGUGACUAUGAUCACUUCAAGACGGGCUUUGUCACUGCACCCCAGUUUGAGUCUGCCCUCGGCCAGCUCCGCCUUGUUGACGCAAAACUUACUGCGGAGAACAUAGCGAUGCUCACGCGAGCGUAUGCCGAUGAAUCAACCUUGGUUGAAAAGCCAGGAAUGGAUGAGAAUCCUUUCGUGCGUGUGAAUUAUGUUCAGUUCCUUGCUGACACCAACCCGCGGCACACGGAGGCUGACGGCGGUUCAGCGAACUAUUUGGCACAAACAAGGGCGCCCGGGCAGUUCAUCGAUGCAACGAAUCAACAAGAGCAGCAACAGACGGAGGCGGUGUUGCGGAAGGUGCGGCAGAUUAUUCGUUCUAACCGUAUUCAUCUGGUUCCAACUAUGCAUGAUUUCGACCGCGCACGGAAGGGUAUCUACGAGCACCGCACAUGCACUGCUUCCCGCUUUAUUCGCUCGCUGGCAACUCACAAAAUUUUUCUGAAGCCGGAAGAGAUCGAGCUUCUCGUGAGGCGGUAUUCCAUUCGCGCUCCCGACGGCGGCCCCGCCGAUGAGGUAAAUUACUUCCAGUUCGUCAUGGACGUAGAUGAAGUGAAAUGGGACACGGGGGCGUCGCGGAUUUUAAACUCUUCUGCUAUGGCAGAGCUGCAAAAGAGUGUUGAGCUGUCGCGGCCACUUCCUGCCGACACGGUAGUGAAUGUGUUGGUGAAGAUUGCAAUGCAGGCGGAGGAACGUCACCUGCGUGUGAGUGAGUUCUUCUUUGACUUUGAUCCGCUUCGCGGCGGGACUGUGCAAACGGACAAGUUCAUAGUUGCUCUCGGUAUCGCCGGUGUGAAGUUGCAUCCCAGUGAGGCGGACCUGCUGAAGAAGGAAUACGCCUCCACAAAGGUGCGGGAUCACGUUGACACGAACCGCUUCAUCGCUGAUAUCGGGCAGGUAGCGCCGUCGGCUGUGCCUUCCGUUUCCACCAGAUAUGAUUUUACUGCAUCCCGUAGUGCAAAGGGCGAGGCGGCUAUUACGCUAAAGGAAACGAUCCAGAACCCCGAUGAUAAGCUUACUGCUGCUGAACUUGAGGAGCUUGGACGACUGCGUGCUCGACUUUCCCACGACGUGAGCUCACACCAGGCUCUCCUGCUACCCUUCUUUGCAGACUUUGACCGGUUCCACCGGGCGAAGAUUACCCGAACAAACUUCCAGCAGGGACUUGCCCGCCAUCGCUUUGCCCUGACGGCAGCGGAGAUUGAUCUACUGUCUCGUUACUACGCGGCGGCGGAUGACAAGGAGUCCAUCGAAUACAGGCGUUUUGUUGGGGACAUUGGCCUAGGCGAGUUGGCUGUAGGUGAAUUUCAAAAGACUAUCAACGGCAACGGUGCAACCUUCACAGCGUCACUUCCAGCAUCCACAUGCGCCGGCAGCACACAACGAAACGUUGGGGAUGAGGAAAAGUUUCUGGAUGAGGUGCUGCUGAAGAUCUGUUACUUUCUUCAAGAGCGCAAACCGAGACUCGCGGAGUUUUUCCCAGACGGUGAUGAAUUGCGGCACCGGCAUGUAACAAACUCACGAUUUAGGCACUGCUUGUCUAUUCUCGGUAUCGAGCUUACGGAGGAGGAACUGAGGGUGCUCGAAAUCUCUUUUGCUCAUCCGGAGAUGGAAAAUCAUGUGGACUACCCCACCUUCCUGGCAGUGGUGACACAUAUGUUGCAAAACAUUACACGGCGGAUGGGGCCACAGCAACGGAACGACAGUGGAAGCGCCACAACCUUUGCUGCUUACGCGGCCGCUGGGAAUUCCGAAAAUCUUCCCCACAUUGCAGCCGCCCCACCGGCGGAAAAGGCGACAGAAGAAGGUGAUAAAUCUUUCCAUGCAUCUGUGAUGGAUAGGGUGCGCCGUACCCUCGCCUCUCGGCGAUCCGUCUCGCUUCCUGCGUUCAGGCAAUACGACAGGGCUCGUAAGGGGUUUGUAAAGGAGGGACAAUUUUUUGCAACGCUUAUGUCUCUCGGUGUACAGCUGAGUCCUGCACAGGCAGAUGUGCUUCGCAAAACCUACAGCAUAGGAGGUGGGGAGAUGGGUUACGUUCAUUUUUCAGCUGCGGUUGAUGAUCCGCGUUUUGAAUAA